CGGCGGAGGGACGGAGCGGAGUAGAACUGAUGUCCAGGACAUAAACAGGGUUAUUUUUUGUUAAAAUUACGGAAAAUAUAUGUUUUUGUUGUUCUGUAAGUAGGUGGGGAUUCCUGUCAGUCUUCUGUAUGUUUAGUUGUGUGUUCAUAAAGCGUUAGCUCAUCUCCGUCGGUGUGUUUCUGAAUGAUUGGUCCGUGGUUAUCGAUACCUCCAUGGCUUUGAUAGCGACCGAGCAGAGCUGCAAACUGACCGGGACCUACAGCAUAGUCGGGCCGAGAAGAGACGUCCUUCACGGGCCCGCGGACAACUUCAAAUCUGCCAAAAUGCAGCCCAGAGAGUCGGAGUAUUCAACAGAUGGCCUCCCCAAAGCCUUCCUGCACAGCCUCAGGACCCUGUUUGACAUUUUGGAUGACGGCGGACGAGGCUACGUUCACAUCUCGGAGAUCGAGAGCCGCUGGCAGGGCGCAGACACCCGGGAGUUGCCGGGCGGAGUGCUGGGCUGCCUCCGGAGGGUCACCCCGCCGCAUGGCUGCCUCACCUUCGAGCGGUUCGUCGCUGGGCUGCGGUACUCCAUGCUCAACCCAGAGAACAGCUCCCACUUCAAGGCCCAGGCUGCCGUACACCCGCAGCUGGCUCCGAAGAAACCCGCCCCGCUGUCCACAUGCAGCGUCGGGACCCGGGUGGAGAACAAGGUCCGUCCGCUGGGGCCGAGCAACGUGACGAACACCCAGCAGUACCGGGCGUCCUCCAUGCAGAGCCGGGGCAGGCCGGAGGAGGGGCCCGGGUACACCGCGUGUGGACCGGUGCGGUACGGCGCGGGCUUCGAGAGGACCGGGCGGAGUUUGGAGCGAAUCCCCGUCGCUCCGGAGGGUGGAGGGUGUUACCGUGCCGACCCCGGACAUGCUACCAAACCAACCCAGCCUCAGCAGGGCAAGGGCCGGUCCAUAGAGUCGCUUGCGCUGGAGUCACCGCAGCUCCAAAGACCGAGUGUUGUGAAAUCGGGUUUACCAAGAUCUCAGAGUGAAUCAGCGACGGGAUUUACUGGCGGCUCGAGGCGGCACGGGCGGAGUCGGGAAGAGCAGAGGAGGCACACCAUCACCAAUGGAGUGGAUUAUGGAAUGCUGAAGCAAAUGAAAGAGCUGGAGCAAGAAAAGGAUUCUCUGCUGGCGGGCCUGGAAGUGGUGGAGCGGGCCCGAGACUGGUACCAGGGCCAAGUCCACAAUGUCACAGAGAGACAGCGGCAGGUCGGCCAGAGCUCCCACUGCACGGAUUUCUUCACAGAGGCCAACCAGAGUCGCAUGAAUGUUCUCAUUCCCAAAUUACAAGAGGUCAACCGCUGCCUUAAUGACCUUAUUUCCUGCACUGGAAUGCAGUCAUUUCCUUCCAGCAGUUCUCAAACAGCAGCCCUCUCAGUGAACCCCCAGCCUCCAGCACCCGCUCCUCCACAAGCCAUCCAGAGACUGAAGGACCAGAACCGACUCCUUACUCAGGAGGUGACAGAGAAGAGCGAGCGGAUCGCCCAGCUGGAGCAAGAGAAGUCGGCCUUGAUAAAGCAACUUUUUGAGGCUCGUGCUCGUAGCGCACAAGACACCAGCACCAUGGAUUCCACUUUUAUCUGAAAACACUCCACCCAACACCCUCAUCAGCACCAAAUGUCUGCUAGGAAUCCCCCUAAUGUGACAUCAACAUAUCUGUGCUGGUCUGGAUGAAGACGGAAGCCGACUCUUGUUUACCCGACUGACCAUUUAUGGCAGUGAUGCACAUUUUAGCCAUAACACCCCAACAGCCUCAACACCCCAAACCAUGCACUGCCUAGACGUGAACACUCCUGAGGGAUACCCGACCUGAGUGACUUGACCCCGAGAGUCUAAAAGGUCUUUUACUUGCUGCCUUCCCGCAGAAACACUCCCUCUAAGCUGAAGAAAUCAGACGGGUCUCAUCAUCCCAUCACUCCAUUUCUUGCAUGAUUGCAGCAUCGGCAAGAUCUCCACUCCCACUCGACUGUUAUUUGUACUUCUGCUGCUCCGCUGCACAAGCGGCAGAAAAACACUAUUGAACAGUGGGGAGGUUGUUUGUGUUGGAAUAAAAUGCCAUAUUCUUGCAAAUGAAAACAAAUUCUCAGCUGCAUCUGCUUGCUGUGACCUAUCAAUUAUGUUUCUUUUUUUUUUAAACUUGGUACUUUGAUUUACCCAUUAUAAGAGACACUUUGUAAUUGACUUUCAGUAUUUCCUUCCCUUUAAUGGUAAUUACUGAUCAAUAACUUGUUUACCUUCUUGCUUUUUAUAGUGGUCAAACCCAAACACUGAGAGAGAGGAAUUACUGAAAGAGCAGCUUGUGUUAUACAUUAGCAUGUUAAAUGUUAAGACAUCUCAUGAGUUUAUAAAUGUUUUUAUAACAUUAAAGAAAUGUGGGAGGACAGUGUACAAGCCAAGGAGAUAUAAAGGCAGAGAUGCUUUAGAGAAAAUUGGAAGUUUGCAUGUAGAAGAAAGCUGUGGAGGAUGAACGUGGUAGAUGGUGACUGUGCUGGAGUUUGGAGACAAUUCUGAUGUUAAAGUCAGAAACAGCAACAGCAAAAAUAAAGGUAUCACUUUGGCUAGCUCAUGCUGCACAUCCUCUGCAUGUCUUUACAGUGGAUUCUUGGCAUGGGUCAUAUUUCCAGCUCCAAAUAAUUACCCUCUGAAGAGAUUUCAGUUUGAAACCUGGAGAUUAAAUGUCAGCACGGCUGUGAAAACCCAUUUUGUCCUCGUACGUGUUCCUUUUUAUCAGCCUGAAAGAGCGAUUAUUUUAGACUGUAAGAACGUUUAGCCAUCCACAAGUUUACACAGAGAAGUAUCUAGUUGGUGGGUGGUGGUAGAAAUAAACAUUGUAGUUUUAUAAUGCAUCUAUAUGGUACCGCUGGGAUGUUUUACUGCACAUAACACAGUUAUAUGCUGUCCAUGUCUGUUUCCCAUGCACUUGUUUGAUUGUACGUUUCUUUGCUGCUCAAACUAAAUUACGUGUGAAACUCUUUUCCUUCUGCUUUCUAUUGAGAGGACUCAAACUUCAUGGAAAUGUCAGAAAUAAAAAAUGACCAAACA